AUGGACAACGCCCCCUGCCAUAACCAAGCCGCAGCAUUCUCCAAUAUGAAGUUGGUACGGUUGCCUCCGAACUGUUCUUCAAUGUUACAACCAAUGGAUCAGGAUGAGCAACGUAUCAUGAAAGUCACGGCAGACAUUCUCAUGGCCAUUCGACUGGUCAAGAAAGCUUGGGUGUCUGUGCACCCUCAAGUAUUGAUCAACGCUUUCAUGAAAGCUGGGUUCAAAUCCACAUUGAUUCAGCCGGUGAUGCAGCCACCAGAGGAUAAAUGCGAUUUGAUCAAAGACUUUAGUCAUUAG